AUGUGGUUCAAGCAGUCCCUUUCGGCCCUGUGGCUGGCCGCAAUCGCCCUGGGCACCGCAAAGGCGGAUGAUGGAGAAGUCAAGAGCAUUGCGCCCUACCUCGAUUCCGAUAUGGCAAGUCGGUGGUACGACUUUGGCGGAGACACAAUCAUCAGGACGGACUCGAAGAAUGAGGGAAGAGAAUCGAAGGCUAAGGCACAGGGACACGAUUACAGCUACAUCCGAUUGACAUCCGACCGCCCGUCGCAGACCGGCUGGCUCUUCUCGAGAGUGCCCCUGACGGCUACCAACUGGGAGAUUGAGGUCGAGUUCAAGAUCCACGGCAAGAACCAGCUCUACGGCGACGGCUUCGCCAUGUGGAUCACCAAGAACCGCGGUCAGGCGGGACCCGUCUUUGGCAGCCCCGACAACUUUGACGGCCUCGGCAUCUUCUUCGACACGUAUAAGAACAACCGCCCCGGCACCGUCUUCCCCUACGUCAUGGCCAUGUUUGGCGACGGCAAGACCUCCUACGACAAGGAUAACGACGGCAAGAACACGGAGCUCGCCGGCUGCUCCGCGCGCGGCAUCCGCCACGCCAGCGUGCCCACCAAGGCUAAGGUCACGUACUUCCAGGACAAGCUCCUCAAGCUGGAGCUGCAGUACAAGACCGAGGGCGACUGGACCCUCUGCUUCGAGACCAACGAGCCCCCCGCGAUUCCCCAGAUCGCCUACCUCGGCUUCAGCGCCGAGACGGGCGAGCUUAGCGAUAACCACGACAUCAUCUCGGUGCAGGCCAAGAAUCUCUACACGACGCAGACCGGCAAGGGGACCAGUAAGACGACCCCCGGCAGUGGCAAGGGCAAGAAGGGAUCUUCCUCGAUCAAGAAGGACAGCAGCAGCGGCGGCAGCUGGACGUGGACUUUCUUCAAGGUCUUCCUCUUCUUUGGCGUCCUCGGCGGCGGCUACGUCGGUUACACUGCCUGGAGAGCAAAGAAUGACAAGAGACAUCGUUUCUAA